UGGGGAUUCAGAGGGUUAAGUUUCCAGACUUUAUUCCUGUAUCUCGGAUGUGUGAUUCCCUUAUGCAGUAAAGAUGCCCGGAUCGCUGAGCAAUGAAGAAGAGGGGCAAGACGAUAUAGAUUUUGAAGACGACGUGCCAGAUGAGGAUGAGGAAGGUGUGCGCGAGAGGAGUGUUCCCCUGUCACCACUAGAGAGGUUCUUCACUGAGGGCUCUGUUAAACAGCAAAAGAAGAAGAAACCCAGCAAGAUAACAGAGGGCAAGGAAGAGAAGCCCAAAGUGAAGAAAAAGAAAAAAAAAGAGGGGCUUGCUCGCGCGCUGGAUGACAUGUCGGACAGGGAAGACCGGGGCCACAGGUCAGGAAGCGAAAGCAGCACCUACAGUACCCUGAAGAAGAAGAAGAAACCCAAAGAGAAAAAGGAGAAGAAAACCAAACAGAGAAAGAAAGAUGAAGAUGAGGACGAUGAUGAUGACGAUGAUGGAAACAUGAAGGAACCCAAGUCAUCCAGUCAGCUGAUGAUGGAGUGGGGUCUCGAAGACGUGCAGUACGCCUUCUCAGAGGAUGACUAUAAAACGAUCACCAACUACAAAGCUUUUAGCCAAUUUCUGAGGCCCCUCAUUGCCAAGAAGAACCCCAAGAUUCCCAUGUCGAAAAUGAUGACGGUGCUUGGAGCAAAAUGGAGAGAGUUCAGCGCAAACAAUCCUUUUAAAGGCACCUCCGCAACUGCCGUGGCUGCGGCUGUGGCUGCUGCCGUGGAAACGGUCAAUGUGGCCCCGCCCAUCUGUAUUAGAAGUAUUCAACAGAUCUCACCAUCUGGGCAAAUCAAAAAAGCCAAAACCAAAGAGGGAAAGGGGCCUGGUGCUAAAAGAAAGAGUAAGCCAGUUAAAGAAACAAAAAAGAAAGGGAAACCGAAGAAGUCCAAAUCGAAAGCAGGCCAGGGUGGAAAAAGGAAAAAAGGCUCUUCGAGUGAGGAGGAUUUCCUGGAUGACUUUUCAGACUUUGAUGACAUCAGCAUUCAUAGUGCCUCUGUACGCUCCGACACUUCAGCAGCACCUAAAAAGAAAACAAGCCGUCGAGGACGAAAGAAAAGAAAAAGAGAGGAUGGAGACGGUUACGAGACAGACCAUCAGGACUACUGUGAGGUCUGUCAGCAGGGUGGAGAGAUCAUUUUAUGUGACACCUGUCCUAGAGCAUAUCACCUGGUGUGUCUGGAUCCAGAACUGGAAAAAGCCCCUGAGGGCAAAUGGAGUUGCCCCCAUUGUGAAAAAGAAGGCAUCCAGUGGGAGGCUAAAGAUGAUGAGGAGGAGGAAGAUGAGGUUGCCGGUGAGGAGGAAGAUGACCAUAUGGAGUUCUGCAGAGUUUGUAAGGAUGGUGGAGAGCUGUUGUGCUGUGACACCUGUCCGUCCUCCUACCACAUCCACUGCCUCAACCCACCACUGCCUGAGAUCCCUAAUGGAGAGUGGCUGUGUCCGCGGUGCAUGUGUCCACCACUAAAAGGAAAAGUCCAAAAGAUUCUACAUUGGUCUUGGGGAGACCCCCCUUUACCUCCUGAGGUCCCCCCUCUGCAGGAUGGAGAGAAGGUGGAUGGUUUAGCUAAAACCCCACUGAAGGGUCGUCCAGAGAGGCAGCUGUUUGUGAAAUGGGCUGGCCUUUCUUACUGGCACUGCUCGUGGGUCAACGAACUACAGUUGGAGUUGUACCAUACGGUUAUGUACCGUAACUAUCAGCGUAAAAACGACAUGGACGAACCACCUCCAUAUGACUAUGGCUCUGGGGAGGAGGAGCUUAACAACGAAAAGAGGAGGAGCAAAGAUCCACAGUACGCAGCAAUGGAGGAACGCUUUUACCGUUAUGGCAUCAAACCAGAGUGGAUGAUCAUUCACAGAAUCCUCAACCACAGUUUUGAUAAAGAUGGAGAUGUACACUACCUGAUUAAGUGGAGAGACCUCGCAUAUGAUCAGUGCACAUGGGAGGCUGAUGACUUCGACAUCCCAGAUUAUGACAACUAUAAGCAAGCUUACUGGGACCACAGGGAGCAGGUGCUCGGUGAGAGCCACCCUCCCCUGCUGUGCAGAAAAGGAAAGCGUCUUAAAGAUGAAGGAAAGAGAAGAGAACCCCCUCCAGACACUCCGGUUGUAGACCCCACCAUCAAGUUUGACCAGCAGCCCUGGUACAUCGAUGAUACAGGGGGGACCUUGCACCCGUAUCAGCUUGAAGGCCUAAACUGGUUGCGCUUCUCUUGGGCUCAAGGAACUGACACAAUUUUGGCUGAUGAAAUGGGGCUUGGCAAGACCGUGCAGACGAUAGUGUUCCUGUACUCACUCUACAAAGAGGGGCACUCCAAAGGGCCGUUUCUGGUCAGUGCGCCACUAUCCACCAUCAUCAACUGGGAAAGAGAGUUUGAGAUGUGGGCUCCAGAAUUUUAUGUUGUGACUUACACAGGGGACAAAGAGAGCAGGGCCGUCAUACGCGAGAACGAAUUUACUUUCGAGGACAGUGCCGUCAAAACGGGUCGUAAGGUUUUCCGCAUGAAGAAGGACACACCGAUAAAGUUUCAUGUGCUGUUGACGUCAUAUGAACUGAUCACCAUUGAUCAGGCCAUUCUUGGCUCUAUCACCUGGGCCUGCCUGGUUGUAGAUGAAGCCCACCGGCUGAAGAAUAACCAAUCAAAGUUUUUCAGGAUUCUGAAUGGCUACAAAAUCUACUAUAAGCUGCUCCUGACUGGAACCCCAUUGCAGAACAAUCUAGAAGAGCUUUUUCACCUGCUCAACUUUCUCACCCCUGAGCGCUUCAAUAACCUGGAGGGUUUUCUGGAAGAGUUUGCGGAUAUCUCAAAAGAGGACCAGAUUAAAAAACUGCAUGACCUUCUGGGACCACACAUGCUCAGGAGGUUAAAGGCAGAUGUUUUCAAGAACAUGCCGGCAAAAACCGAACUCAUAGUCCGAGUAGAACUGAGCCCGAUGCAGAAGAAAUACUACAAAUUCAUUUUAACACGAAACUUUGAGGCAUUAAAUUCCAAGGGAGGUGGGAACCAAGUGUCUCUUCUCAACAUAAUGAUGGACUUGAAGAAAUGUUGCAACCACCCCUACCUGUUUCCAGUUGCUGCAGUGGAAGCGCCCGUCUUGCCUAACGGUUCGUAUGAUGGCAACAUGCUGGUGAAAUCCUCAGGCAAACUCACUCUGCUUCAGAAGAUGCUUAAAAAGCUCAAAGACGAGGGCCACAGAGUUCUCAUCUUCUCUCAGAUGACAAAGAUGCUUGACCUGCUAGAGGACUUCCUGGAGUUUGAGGGGUAUAAAUAUGAGCGUAUUGAUGGGGGUAUCACUGGGGGGUUGCGACAAGAGGCCAUCGAUCGUUUUAACGCACCUGGGGCUCAGCAGUUCUGUUUUCUGCUUUCUACACGUGCUGGAGGAUUGGGUAUUAAUCUGGCAACCGCAGACACAGUGAUCAUAUAUGAUUCUGACUGGAACCCACACAAUGAUAUUCAGGCAUUCAGUAGGGCACAUCGUAUCGGGCAAAAUAAGAAAGUAAUGAUCUAUCGUUUCGUAACGCGGGCAUCCGUAGAGGAGCGUAUCACCCAGGUGGCCAAGCGAAAAAUGAUGCUGACCCACCUGGUGGUCAGACCCGGCUUGGGCUCCAAAACAGGUUCAAUGUCUAAACAGGAACUGGAUGAUAUCCUCAAGUUUGGCACAGAGGAGCUUUUCAAAGAUGAUAUGGAGGCUGCCAGAACUAUGGUUACAAAUAUGAGGUUUCUUUACAGCUGUGAUAACAAAGAUGGAGAGGAGGUUAGUGUGAUCCACUAUGAUGAUAACGCCAUCUCCAAACUGCUGGAUCGCAGUCAGGACGCCACAGAAGACACAGAGAUCCAGAACAUGAAUGAGUACCUGAGCUCCUUCAAAGUGGCUCAGUAUGUAGUGAGAGAGGAAGAUGGAGAGGAGGAGGUCCAGAGAGAGAUUAUUAAGCAAGAAGAAAAUGUUGAUCCAGACUACUGGGAGAAGCUCUUGAGGCACCAUUACGAGCAGCAGCAGGAGGAUCUGGCGAGAAACCUGGGGAAAGGAAAACGAAUCCGCAAACAGGUCAACUACAAUGACGCCUCCCAGGAGGACCAAGAGUGGCAGGAUGAUCUUUCAGACAAUCAAUCUGAAUAUUCUGUCGGGUCUGAGGACGAGGAUGAAGAUUUUGAGGAGCGUCCAGAAGGAGGGCGCAGACAUUCUCGCAGACAAUUAAAGAGCGACCGGGACAAACCAUUGCCGCCGUUGCUUGCUAGAGUUAGUGGAAAUAUAGAGGUUUUGGGAUUUAACGCCCGGCAGCGGAAAGCCUUCCUGAAUGCGAUCAUGCGCUGGGGGAUGCCCCCACAAGAUGCCUUCAACUCACACUGGCUGGUCCGUGACCUAAGAGGGAAAAGCGAGAAGGAAUUCAGGGCUUAUGUGUCUCUGUUCAUGAGGCAUCUGUGUGAGCCGGGGGCAGAUGGAGCAGAGACCUUCGCUGAUGGGGUACCAAGGGAGGGGCUGUCUCGUCAACACGUUCUCACCCGGAUCGGUGUCAUGUCUUUGGUCCGCAAAAAGGUUCAGGAGUUUGAGCAUGUGAAUGGGAAAUUCAGCACACCAGAUUUAAUUCCUGUGGGAUUAGAGUUUAAAAAACUAACUGAGAGCAUCUCAUCGGACCCUAACACACCUGUCCCAGCCAGUCCGGUUCCAACUCAACCCAGCACUCCUGUUCCUUCAGAUAAGGCUGAGUUAGUAUCCGGUUCCCAAGAGGACAAGGAGAUUACAGAACCAGAGAGCGCCAAAUCAUCAGACCCUGAGCCACCAAUAAUGCCAGAACCGUCCCCGGCACUGGAGAAGACCAAUGAAAGUGAAGAGCCAAAGAGCGGCAGUACAGGAGAAAAAAGACAAGAGGAGUGCGGGAAAACCAAUGACAACUCACCUGUCCAUUCAGAGCCAUCGUCCAAUCAAACACAGCUGCCCACUAAACCAAGCGAGCAGUCAGCCAAUCAGACAGCUUUAGACUCUUGUAAAAGAAAAGAAACUUCUCCAGAGAGAGGGGAAAAUAAACCCAGCCAAGCAAAAACAGAAGACAAGGAACAAAAAAACGUUUCCACAGCAAAUCCUGAAGAUCUUAAAUCCGAAGAACCUCCUGAGAGUCAGUUGAACGGAGAGAAAGACGCGAGGGAUGACACGGACGAGAGCCACAAGGAUGACAAGAACAGCGUCAAGACGCGCUUCAUGUUCAACAUCGCAGAUGGAGGAUUCACAGAGUUGCACACGCUGUGGCAGAACGAGGAACGCGCAGCUGUGUCAUCUGGCAAAAUUUAUGACAUCUGGCACCGUCGCCAUGACUACUGGCUGCUGGCUGGCAUCGUAACACAUGGCUAUGCACGUUGGCAGGACAUUCAGAACGAUCCACGGUACGCCAUCCUCAAUGAGCCUUUCAAGACUGAAAUGCACAAAGGGAACUACUUAGAGAUGAAGAACAAGUUUCUCGCAAGGCGAUUUAAGCUCCUGGAACAGGCUUUAGUAAUUGAGGAACAGCUACGACGUGCGGCGUACUUAAACAUGACUCAGGACCCCAGUCACCCCGCCAUGGCUCUUAACACACGUUUCGCUGAGGUGGAAUGCCUGGCUGAGUCUCACCAACACCUCUCUAAAGAAUCACUGGCUGGAAACAAGCCGGCCAACGCUGUGCUACACAAAGUUCUGAACCAGCUGGAGGAGCUGUUAAGUGACAUGAAAGCCGACGUGACGCGGUUGCCCUCCAUGCUCUCCCGGGUGCCGCCUGUGUCCGCCCGGCUGCAGAUGUCCGAGCGUGGUAUCCUCAGCAGGCUCACCACCCGGGGCAACGAGCCGCCACCUCAGCAGCCGUUCCCCCAGGGCUCGUUUGGCUGCUCUCAGAUGUAUAAUAGCAGUUUCGCCGGAGGCUUCCGUGGACCUGGAGGCACCGCGAUGGUGAACUACAGCCAGAUGCCCCUCGGGCCAUACGUUAGUGAAGAAAGAAUGGAAUUCAGUGGGUUUGGAAUGAGAUGAAGUGUCCUCGAAUGGACCUCCGGCACCAACCAGCCACUUGGAGAAGAAAUCUGGUGAUGUUUUAAGAGACGUGCCCACCCCUGACCUGAAAUCAGGCAAACCCAAUGAUGUCAUAUGCAUCGAGGACUAGACCGCAUCCAUUUGAAGAACUCAAAUAAUGAUUAUUAAAACAGCAGAUCUUACCAAUUGCACUUUUGUCUUUAAGAAUCUGCACUUGUACGCGCCUGUAAGUUUCAGUAGAGUUCAGUUUCGUUUUUCCCUUUGUUUUUUUUAACUUGCAAUGUGAACGUCUCAAUCGAUUGAAGAGAGACUCGAGACGAGGAGACUACCAAUAUUUUGACUGUCCUCUGAGAUUUAGGAUAUUAUGUGUGUGUAAUGGCUUUUUCCUGCCAUAAAGGACAUUCUCAUCUUCGCUAUUGUUGAGCCAUCUGGAGGUUUUGCUAGUUCGUGACUAGUCAAGGACUACACCUCCCACCUCUAUGUACAGCUGCAGCCUCUGCUUCGCUCCUGGCACUGCCCAUGGAUGAUGUGUGUUGUUGCUGCCCCUGCUGGUUAUUGCCAUGAAAUGCAUCCAAAAGAGACUGGUGCUGGACAGAUUUUUUUGAAAGAGUUAAUAAAAGAGUUACACCCUCAUGUUUACGUUACGAGUUAUGAGUCAUGACUUUUUAUGAAGGAAAGUUUGUGGACCAUGAAAAAGGUCAAACGUAAUUUUUUCAGUGUUAAUACACUUUUUCCUGUUCCUGAUUAAUAUGCAGGCAACUAUGUAAACACUCUCGCAACAUUGACUCAAACAAUAGGGUCAGCUUGGGGUGAGACCAUCUGUUUGUUCCAUCAACAUCAUGGUAUUCUGGAAACCAAGUUGCUUUAAUUUCAUAAUCAUUUGGUGAUGAUUAUGUUACUAAAGGAUAGAGGUAUCAAUGUCAAAUUUUGCUCAGUUUUCAAUUACUGCAACACUUACUGUUAUUAUUAUCAUAAUUUUACAUUGUCAAAUGAAAAUUUUGUUUUCAAUGCUCAGUUUUCAAUUACUGCAACACUUACUGUUAUUAUUAUCAUCAUAAUUUUACAUUGUCAAAUGAAAAUUUUGUGAAACGCUGGAAGUUUUCUAUGAGUGUUGGAUUGUAUUGCCACAAUUGUUCAUCAGAUUGUUUUUGUUUAACUCUGAAAUGUUCUGCCUUGCGUAAACGUGUUUGAAGCAGUGCACUUUACAUUGAGGCUGGACAUGCGUCCGUAGAAACGGUAUCUCUUAUGGGCCAUUUCAAAAGUAGGAACCUCUUACUAACUCGUAUACUCGGUUUGUUUCAGUCUGUAUUAGUCAUGCUCUAAUGUAGAUAAAGUAUUCCUGUUUGUUUUCUGCAUCAGCACCAAUGUUAAUGGCACCGAUGUAGGUGUCAGCGCUGAACGGCAAUGUGAUCAUAGCUUCUUUCCAGUAGUAUUAAGGGUUCAAGAUGAUGUUCAUUUUUUUGUGUAGACAACGAAUGUGAAAAAAAUGCAGUUAAAUGUUCACACACAUGCUUAAGAAACCUCAGAUGAUUUCAAAUACAAAGACAGCCUCAAGAAUAAAGGGACCUUUAACCCAAGGUUACGAAGAGAGUGCCAGCAGCAUAAAUAUGUUGUGAAAUGGAGUUUUGUUUUUAUCUUACGUGAUGAGUUUACACCAUUUCAGUUGUACAUUUUAUCACAGUAUUGAUCCAUUAAGCGCCAUUUAAAUGCAAUCAAACUGAAGCCAAAAUGAAUGUAUUAAGUAUUUAAAACAGCUUCAGUCUAAUACUAGAAGUCUUUUCAUUCAAGUAUACAUACCAGGCUUCAAAAGCUACCAGAAAAUCCUGGUCAAGGCACCUUUGUUAUUGCAAUGAACAUGUAAGCAUGUAAGAUGUCUUCAGGUUACUGUGGAGAGAUCUUUGUCCUGGUUUAUAAACAGCUAAACAGUAUUAUGCAGAGAUAAGAAUAUGGAAAAGUGAUAAGUUAACUAUCAUCAUUUCACUUUGUACUCAGUGUAUUUGUUUAAUGUGUUUUAAUAAAUUCUGUCCAAAAAUU